UUGAUAUAUAAUUUGCCGACUCCACAAAUGAAGAAAAGAGCACAAAUAUCAUGAAUGCUGUUGGGAAUGGAAAGCCAACUGACCACAAGGGAAAACCUGAAAUAAACGCAUUGUUUAGCGGAUACACAAUUCAAGUACAGUAUGCAGGAGUUCCUAAUUCUGACAAUCAACUCCAGUAUUAUAAAAACAUAACUAUUUUCUUCUUGGGGAAGGACAUGCGCCUUGGCGCAACAAUGAACUUCCAAUUCCCUAGAAAUUCAAACACGGCUACUUUCCUGCCACGCGAAAGUGCUCAAUCAAUCCCCUUCUCCUCUAACAAACUAUCAGAAAUUUUCAAACAUUUUUCAGUGAAGCCAACAUCUGUGGAAGCCAAAACAAUUAAGAAAACAAUCGAAGAGUGUGAAGCUCCAGGCAUUAAGGGAGGGGAAAGAUAUUGCGCCACAUCUUUAGAAUCAAUGGUUGAUUUUAGCACUUCCAAGCUUAGAACAAGAAACGUUCAAGCAAUCUCGACUGAGGUAUUGGAAAAAGGAACUGCCAUGUCCAUGCACAAGUAUACAACAAUGCCGGGACUGAAGAAGUUGGCAGGUGACAAAGUCGUUGUGUGUCAUAAGGAGAACUAUCCCUAUGCUGUGUUUUUCUGCCAUGCAAUAAAACAAACAGCAGCUUAUGUUCUCUCCCUGAAAGGCGAUGAUGGGGUGAAGGUUAAAGCAGUAACCAUCUGCCAUCUAGACACAUCAGAAUGGAACCCAAAGCAUUUGGCCUUCCAAAUCCUCAAAGUUAAGCCCGGAACCAUUCCCAUCUGCCAUUUCCUUUCCACAGAUGCUAUUGCAUGAACAUCACUUAGCACUGUACGUAUAAUAAGCUUGCACCCCUGUAUAAUUAUCUCCCUACUCUACUUAUUUCUGCCUCUUCUGUUGAGAUUUCAAUCAGAACUUGCACACACAAUGCAUCAGCUCACACAAAACCAGAUGAAUUUAAGAAAACAGAAAAAUGCAGAGAAAGAAUGGAUUGGCUACUCAGUAAUGCUCAAAGGUUCGUUGCUAUGCACAAAACAUGGCAGUGCACAAUACUCUCAUUUCUAACGGAACCAUUCCUUUUUACAAUGCUGAGAAUGUGAUCUCAGCCUUACAAUUGAUCCAGCAAUGUAAGCUGGACACUUGUCUUAAAUCUGAGUCAUAUAAGUUUCAUCCAACCAAAAUAUUACAUCUGUGAAAUAAAACUUAAACCAGCAGGAAUUUAUAAUUC